AUGAAGAAUUUCAUGUCCAUAAGUUUUAUGUUUCUUUCUAUCACCACCUUUUUACUAUCUAUAAGCCAGUGUGCUGUUGUCCCAUCUGAUGCCAAUUUGAUACAACAAAUAUGCAAGAGGACACCAAACUUCGAUCUCUGUGUUACUUCUCUUGCGUCAGACCCUCAAAGCUCAACAGCAGAUGUAAAUGGGCUAGCACUCAUAAUGGUGGAUGUGCUGAAGGCCAAAGCUACCUCAACACUAAACCUCAUCAACCAGCAGCUUACAAAGAGUCCAGCGUUAAAGCAACCUUUGACCUCAUGUGCUAGCAAUUAUAAUGCAAUCUUGACAGCUGAUAUCCCUGAAGGUAUUGAAGCUUUGCAGAAGGGUGAUCCGAAGUUUGCCGAAACUGGUGCAAAUGAUGCUGCUGUUGAGGCUGAUAUAUGUGAAGCAGGUUUCAAAGGCAAAUCUCCGCUGACCAAUUCGAAUAAAUUGGUCCAUGACACCUCAGCUGUUACUGCUGCCAUUGUCAGGAAUUUGCUUUAG